UCCCCCACCCCCCUCGCCGUGGACCACCAACCACCAACCAGAGUAUUGGAAACAAUUAAGAUGUACCCCGCGCCGGCGAGACAUCCAUCCGCUCCCGGUGGCGGUGGAAGUGCAGCGGGGGCUGCCGGUGGGCUGAAAUUUACUGUCGCCGACACCUGCGAGAGAAUCAAAGAAGAAUUCAGUUUUAUUCAGCAACAGUAUCAUUCGCUGAAGUUGGAGUGCGAAAAGCUAGCUAAUGAGAAGACUGAAAUGCAGAGGCAUUACGUAGUGCAGUACUAUGAGAUGUCCUACGGGCUCAAUGUCGAGAUGCAUAAACAGACGGAGAUUGCAAAGCGGUUGAACGCGAUAAUUGCCCAAGUCCUUCCGUUCCUCGCACAAGAGCACGGGUUACAGCACCAACAGCAAGUGGCCAACGCCGUUGAACGGGCAAAGCAAGUUACGAUGACCGAGCUCAACGCCAUUAUUGGGCAACAACAUCAGCAAGGAUUACAGCAAUUAUUGCAACAGAUUCACGCUCAGCAGCUGACCCACGGGGCCGUCGUGGGUGGAUUGCCCCCCGCGGGCUUACUGGGGUUUGCGGGGGCGGCGGCGGCGGCGGCUGGGGGUGUCCCACCCCACCUGGCACCACCCCCGCAUCCCGGUGCAGCCGCGGCCGCCGCCGCCCAGGCACAGGCUCUCCUCAAGCCGGCGGAUCUUCAGCACAGAAACGCCGCCGAGACGCCCGAAGACCGGAAACCGAUUCCAAUACCGGACGAACGGUUGAGACGAUCGGUUUCACCGGGUGAAAAAUUUCGCAGCCGAACACCCGACAUCGAGAGCGGUGAACCGAAACGGAGGAAAGAGGAAAAACUCGGCCACGAAAGCGAUGGUGAAAAAAGUGACCAAGAUCUUGUCGUGGACGUAGCGAACGAGGAGCCUGGCUCGCCGCACGCCAACGGCGAACACGCAGAUCCACGCGAGAACGGCACUCUUGAGAAACUUGGGGCCCCGGGCCCCGGUGGGGGGCCGUCUUCCGGGACCGCCUCCGUCAAGGACAGACCACCGUCAAGGAGCGGUAGCUCUUCGGCGCGGAGCACUCCCUCUCUGAAAAGUAAAGAUAUCGACAAGCCGGGCACACCUGGGGCAGGAGCGAGGGGAUCUCGCAGCUGUACUCCAACUAUGGGGGGCAUUCCUGGGCCACUGGGUCCACGGGGUUAUCAUCCCCCAUCAUCGCAGCAGCAAACCCCACCUCAGGGCUAUCAGGGCUUGCCCUCCCGCGGCAAUGAGCCACCCCAAUCUCCUUCAUCUUAUAACAACUUGCCUUACGCACGACCACCAAUGCUCGGAUUUGACGGUCACGUUAGAAUACCUGCUACUAACGGAUUGAGUAACGUUCCUGGUGGUAAACCCGCAUAUUCUUUUCACAUGAACGGAGAGGGUCAACUUCAGCCUGUACCUUUUCCAACAGAUGCAUUGAUCGGACCUGGAAUACCAAGGCACGCGAGGCAAAUCAACACUCUAACUCACGGUGAAGUUGUUUGUGCUGUGACAAUAUCAAACCCCACUAAAUAUGUCUAUACUGGUGGAAAAGGUUGCGUGAAAGUUUGGGACAUUGGACAAGGCGGUAGCGGUAGUGUGAAACCUGUAUCACAACUUGAUUGUCUACAGCGAGACAAUUACAUUCGCUCAGUCAAACUUUUACCCGAUGGACGGACACUCAUCGUCGGCGGUGAAGCGAGCCAGCUUAGCAUUUGGGAUUUAGCCAGUCCUACUCCACGUAUUAAAGCAGAGCUCACUUCCUCGGCACCAGCGUGUUAUGCCCUGGCGAUAUCUCCCGAUUCCAAGGUCUGCUUCAGUUGUUGCAGCGACGGGAAUAUCGCAGUUUGGGAUCUUCACAAUCAGACUUUGGUCAGGCAGUUUCAAGGACACACCGAUGGUGCUUCUUGUAUCGAUAUAUCAACCGAUGGUACUAAAUUGUGGACUGGGGGACUCGACAACACAGUCAGGUCCUGGGACUUGAGGGAAGGAAGACAGUUGCAGCAGCAUGAUUUUACGUCGCAAAUAUUUUCAUUAGGUUAUUGUCCUACCGGUGAGUGGCUCGCUGUUGGAAUGGAAAACUCAAAUGUUGAAGUACUCCAUGCAACAAAGCCUGACAAAUAUCAGCUUCACCUUCACGAAUCUUGUGUACUGUCGUUACGGUUCGCCUCGUGUGGAAAAUGGUUUGUUUCAACUGGGAAGGAUAAUCUGCUGAACGCGUGGCGUACACCUUACGGAGCAUCUAUAUUCCAAUCAAAGGAGUCUUCGUCCGUUCUGAGCUGUGACAUAUCUACAGAUGACAAAUACAUCGUGACUGGUUCUGGCGAUAAAAAGGCAACGGUAUAUGAAGUGAUGUACUAAACUUUGUGCUACUUGUAUAUUUUUAAUAAUAAUAUGAAAAUAAUCGUAAUUAUAAUAAUAAUAAUGAUAAUAAUAAUAGUAUCGGAACAAAAAAGAAUCGAAACAUUUUCCUAGAUCUCAUAAGAUUUUUAUAGUAAUCGUCAUACGUUACAAAACCAUUGUACAAUAGCUUUGUAAUCCAAGAGAAGUAACGGUAUAAGGAUGACACAAACUUCACUAUGCAGAUGGAAAACUCUUGAACAAUUUCUGCCUUGUGUUUGUAUAAAUGUGUUAAUAAGUACAUACCCCUAAUGAUAAGUGUCGUGUGAAUGACUAAGCAUACAAUAGUGAGACAUAGUUGAUUAAGGUAUUGUUGCGAAGCAUAAGUAUUAAUGCUAAAGGUAUUACAUUACCUUUUAGGUAUUUUAUUAUCCGAAGCAUAAGUAGGUGUGAAACUCUGUACAGAAUUGUACAUGUUAGUUGUAUUUGGUGCGAUGUAUAGGCUUAUAAGACUUAAUAACUACGCUGUAAAGUGACAAAAAAUCCACAAAAACAAAAAAAAACUAUUUCUCUACUUUAGCUAGAUGGGAAGGGUUUGGAUUGAGACAAGGUGAAUUUUUUUUCAGGAAGCUGGUGCAUUGUUAUACAUAUUACUUUUCCAGAAAGAAAUUUUGCUUUGGCUCAAGUAAAUUCCUUUCUUAAUAAAAAUUACAAAUCAUAAAGUAAGUGUCGUUUUACCUAUAAAUAGUGCAAUGAACGGUAUACUUAUAAUUCUAUUUAUUAUCACUAAUAGCAUCCCAGCUCUAGUGGCAAUGUACGUUCUCAUAAACUUAGUACGCCUCCUUCUACCCAUACCUAGCAAUAAUACGUGAUAAAUAAUAACGCAACAAUUUUCUUUAUUGUCACAACAGCACACUCCGAGUUUCAGUGUUAAAUAAAGUCAUUCAAAUGCGGAAAAGCCUGGUGAUUUACCUACUCGUGGUAAAAAAUAAAAAGAUGAAGGUUAUUAUGUAAACGUAUCGAAAUAAAUCUAAUGUAUAAAUA